AUGGCUAAACAUCUUUCACUCCACCUUCUCAUUCUCCUUCUUCUCCAUGCCACCACAUCCAUGGCUGUUCAUCAUAUUGAAACUGGGGCCAAUGAACUAUCUUUCACUUACUAUGCCAAGUCUUGUCCCACCAUGGAAGCCGUUGUUCACAACAAAGUAGCUCAAUGGAUCAAAACAGACCUCACUCUUGCACCAGCCAUCAUCAGACUUCACUUCCAUGACUGUGCUAUAAGAGGUUGUGAUGCAUCCAUUCUACUUAACCAUGCUGGGAGUGAGAGGCUAGCAAAAGGUAGCAGAACUCUAAGAGGGUUCAAUGUGAUCAAUGAUAUCAAGCAAGAGUUGGAAAGGAGAUGCCCCAAGACUGUUUCAUGUGCUGACAUUCUCACUUCUGCUGCUAGAGAUGCCACUCUUAAGGUUGGAGGUCCAUUUUGGGAGGUCCCUUAUGGUAGGAAAGAUGGCCGUGUAUCAAAGGCUAAGGAAGCUGAACUGGUUCCCAUGGGCCAUGAGAACAUCACACAGCUCAUUGACUUCUUUCAAGCCAGAGGCUUGAACCCACUUGACCUUGUUGUGCUUUCAGGAUCACACACCAUUGGACGAAGCACAUGUAGCUCCUUUCAGAACAGACUUUAUAACUUCACAAGCAAAGGGAAACCAGACCCAACCAUUGAUCCAAAAUAUCUCAAGUUCUUGAAGAAGAAAUGCAGAGGUUCAACUAUGUCAAAGUACGCCCCUCUUGAUGCUACUACACCAACUAAGUUUGAUGCUGUGUAUUAUGAGAAUUUAGAGAGGAGGAUGGGGUUGUUGUCCACUGAUCAGUUGUUGUAUUCUGAUAUGAGGACUGCACCCAUUGUUGCUGCACUUGCUUCACAGCCAAUGCUUUUCUCUCAGCAGUUUGCAGUGUCUAUGGUGAACCUUGGGAAUGUUCAAGUGCUCACUGGAAACCAAGGGGAGAUCAGAACCAACUGCAAUUUUGUUAACCUUUGA